AUGCCUGAUCUCAGUGAGAUCACCUACUCACAAUCCGCGACAGUUGCUGCAUUUCGUGAUUACUAUCAGUUUCUUACGAAGCUAUACCUUAAGGAGUCCGACGUGGUCGAGCCACCGGAAGGGGGCUGGCCCCUCAUAACUGCAGAGAGGUUGGCGGGACUGAAAAAGGAUGAUGAAGUAAUUGAACUUUUUCGACGUAUUCCCUACGUUCGCGGCGCUCACGAUGACAACCCGGAAGUUGCACCAUGGACGAAGAUGUGGGACUGGGAAUCUGCAUGUCGCACUCUCGCCGCCGGGAAGCAUCUAGACACGGUGCGAGGCUUCAAGCUUUUGACUGAAGGAGAGUACGAGGACGCCGUUCCUUCUUCUGUUGUGGGAAUUACGCAUACUGGACCAUUUGCGGAAUGCUUUCUUCUUGAUACUGAGCAAGGAACGAUUUCAUGGCCCACCUGGCCCGAGUGUAAUCAAUUGAUCAAGAGCCCUGAUAUUGAGGUGGUGAUGGACGAUGCAUACGAGUACUGUGAAAACGAACAGGAGGCAGAAUGGCGGGAUCCCGCCUGUUGGGCUAUUGCAGACUUUUUUAAGGUCCUCAAGGAUCAAUUCAGAAAGCUGGCUUUUAUUCCCAUUAGCAUGGAAAAGGUUCUGGGUACUUACAGCGGAGUCCUGUUACGUGACGGGAAGCUACGGAAUGUGUUACAAGAUAUAUAUCGAGAGCACGGAUGGCCUGAUUUGGAUCAAUAUCGGAAGGAGGAGUGCUUAGAAGCUGUGCGGAAGGCUGUAGUUGAAAAGUUUCCGGAGCAUACACAUUUGCUGUGA